UCCUACCCAUGUACUAAACCACGUCCUCCCCCACAGAUGCACGCUGGGCUGGUGAGCGUGAGUGACGGCAAGUCUAAGCCUCAACCCAUGAAGCUGAUCCUCACCUCAGACUCACUCGUCCUCCAGCGGGAACAACUCGUCAUCAGCACUAAGACUCUCGAGGCUAACGGUCCAGAUGCCAGGAUCCGGCGAGUGAAGGUGAUCCGUCAACGUAACUCUGGCCUGGGACUGAGCAUUAAGGGCGGCUCUGAGCACAAGUUACCCAUCCUCAUUUCUCGCAUCUUCAAGGACCAGGCGGCUGACCUAACUGGGAAGCUGUUUGUGGGUGAUGCAAUACUGAAAGUCAACAACCAGUCUCUGCUGCGCUGUACACACGACGAAGCGGUGGGCGAGCUGCGGCAGGCUGGAGACGAGGUACUACUGACGGUGCGCCACUACAAAGCUGCCACGCCCUUCCUUAACAAGACAGAUGAGACGAUGAGCAGCACGACAGAGAACUCCGCCUCACAACUCCGACCAGAGGAUGGUUGGCGUUCACCUUCCAACCCUACCACACCUACCACACCUUCCUCCACCACCCCAGUCAAGAUCAACAACCACAAAAUCACCAACAGUGACCAGACAGAAUCUAUGGUCUCCAACAAUAGCACCACCACCACUACGGAUUCUUCCUCCACCAAAAGCACAACCACUAAUAACCUCAAUAAAGUUAACAACAGCCGGAAUGAGGUGAUCUCCAACGGUAUCUCCACCACCACCACCACCACGGGCACCUCCAACACCACCCCCUCCACGCCCAAUGGACCUAAGGUGGAGAAACAGUGGGUGGAUAUUGUCACGGUGCCGCUCAUGAUGGCCUACAUAACCCGCUACAUCUUCGGUACGGACAAACUACGGCCGCAAGCGUUUGAGGUCCGUGGCAUCAACGGCAUCAGUACGGGCGUGGUGCACUGUCAGGACGCGGCUAUGUUGUCCCAGUGGAUCAAACACAUCACUAAUAACAUCAUCGGCCUUACCAACCUACAGAUGAAGCUCUACAACUCGAGCUUCCCGGCGUCAGAGCACGUGUUGUACAUGGGGUGGGUGUGUGAAGGCGUGAUUAACCACAACCUUCCAUGGCAGAACUGGAAGCCUAAGUUUAUCGCCCUUAAAGGCACUGAUAUCUACAUGUUCGACACCCCGCCUCUCAACACUCACGACUGGGUAGAGAGGGCGUCAGUGUGGGCGGUUCAUCAGACAAUGUUCCGAGUUAUCAAGGAGUCAGAAUACGUGGACGAGCGGCAGCACUGUUUCCUCCUCCAGACGGCCAUGCAGGAGUCCCGGUACCUCAGUGUAGAGACCCGUCAGGACCUUCUUAGGAUCGAGAACGCUUGGCACCGCGCCGUCUACAAUGCUGUGACCAGACUGGGGAACAAGACGUUUGCCGUGACGCAGGCAGGGAGAUCGUCGGGGCUGACGCUGGACUGGUCGGGAGGGUUCGCCCUGUAUGACACAGAGACGAGGGAGUACCACUGGCGCUACAAGUUCUCACAGCUCAAGGGCUCCUCUGAUGACAGCAAGACCAAGCUCAAACUCCACUUCCAGAAUGAGAACAAGGAGAUCGAGACUAAGGAGCUGGAGUGCGCUACCAACCUCCAGAACCUCCUCUUCUGCAUGCACGCCUUCCUCACCGCCAAGGUCGCCGCCGUUGAUCCCUCUUUUCUGCGAGCCCCGCCCAAAACGCCCACGUAGUCACACCCACCACCACGCCCACCAGAUGAAAAGCGUUGAUGGUGCGAGGCAGCAGUGGAGAACCAGUCGUCGUGCUUUAUCCAAUAGUAGUCAACUUCUGUGCUAAGGAACCAGUCAUGUCGGGCCACGUCAAAACUACGUCAUUGCUGUUUUAUCCAAUACGAAAACAAACUCAAGCUCUCGAAGCCAACUACAUCCCGCCACGUCAAAAUUGUAACCCCCCCCCCCCUCCCAACUAUUCAGCCAAUAGCAAACGUACUUCCAUCUUUACCUGUACCAAUAGUCACUUGUGAACGCUAGUGGUAGAUGUCUUUACAUAGUGUAAUGGCUAUAAUACAAGACUCGGCUCCGGUUAUAUCUGUCAUCAGGUCUUUGUGUCUCAUGUUUAUUGUUUAUGGAGAACUAUGAGAGAGAAGUGAUGUGUUGUAAUCAAAACUGGAGCGUGUUUAAGGCUCGUUAAUUACCUCUACUGGUAACUCAUUAAUGUUGUCACCUGACUUACCUCACCUUGCCACUAACACAGUGUUGUAUCCCCCUGCCACUAACACAACUGUUGUAGCCCCCUGCCACUAACACAACUGUUGUAGCCCCCUGCCACUAACACAACUGUUAUAGCCCCCACACUAAC